GGAAAGUACUGUCUUCCCGUACGAAAGCUGAUUUAUGAGCCUAGGCAGAGCCCGUCAUGCUUCCUCAACCGUUCUACACGAUAGCAACAUUCCUCUUUGCAAAGAAACAGGUUGCGAGCUGGAACUCGCUGAUAGCGCGAGCAUUUCGCACAAUGUCUAUCAACAACGUGAAGUCGAACGCGCAUCCCGACGCACCCGUGCACAAGGGCGAACAUUCCAAUAACCCACACCCACCGCCAAAAUAUCACCUCCGAGCACAAUGACCCAGCAGCCAAGAAGCCCAUCCUCGACCUAAGCGAGCCGCCCAUCUGAGCCAGAACGGCGGCACGUACGAGAAGGAGUGCAUGCACAAGCCGCCUUAUGGGUGAACCAGUAAAGGAAACCUGUUCGAGCCGAAAUACACGUC